CUCUCACAUCACUUCCGCUCAGGCCGGAAAAUUCGUGUUCGAUUUUUUUCCCCUUUAUAUGUAAUAUUCCUUCCCGUUGGCCGUUGAUGACGUUUCAAGGAGGUGCUACAUCCCGGAUUAAAUAAUUUGCGAUUGAGAUGUAUGUGCCUGACGUCAUAGGCAGGCGACGAUUGCUGGGGGAAAGUUGCCGGAAGCGCCUGAGGCUCGCGCGUGGUGGGUAGGUAGCAGCGGCUCGUUGGUGCGAACGGAAGGCGGGUCUCAGAGCCAGUGUUUGGGAUGGGGGCAGCGCAUGGACUCUCAUGGCCCCCCACGUAGGAGCCGCACCUGCUGGCUGCUUCUGGGGCACAGAGUGGUGCCCCAGGACAGUCAAUCUCCCACUAUGGAUUCUCUCUUUAAACCGGGUGUCCUCAGCAUAAUUGCAGGAGUCGCAUGUGGAGUGUGCCUGGGCUGGGGCAUUCGUGGGCGAUUCUUUAGACCAUCCAGAGCCAAAAUGCCUGUGUUUGCAAAUGAGCUGGGGAAUGAAGCCAGUAUCAUGGGAGAGUCUGGAGAAUACAAGAUGGUGCUGAUAGUCCGUAAUGACUUAAAGAUGGGAAAGGGUAAAGUAGCAGCACAAUGUUCUCAUGCUGCAGUUUCUGCCUACAAGCAAGUUCAACGAAGAAAUCCUGAGCUGCUUAAACAGUGGGAGUAUUGUGGACAGCCAAAAGUGGUUCUCAAAGCCCCUAAUGAAGAGGCGCUAGUUCAACUCCUUGUUGAUGCUAAACAGCUGGGACUGACUGUGAGUAUAAUCCAAGAUGCAGGUCGUACUCAGAUAGCACCAGGCUCCCGGACUGUACUAGGGAUCGGACCAGGACCAGCUGAUGUAGUGGAUAAAGUUUCUGGCCAUCUCAGACUCUUCUAAGAUGAAGAACGAGCCUGAGUUUUAUUGGAGCAAUUGUAUCCUUCAGCACCAAAGUAGUAAUGGGGAUAAAAUCCAAGCUGUUUUCAUUUCUAUGGUUCUGCUUUAGUAAAAUUAAAAAGCAUGUCUAUCUUUAGACCUUU